AUGCCUGAGCCUAAACUGGGUCAGAGGAGUAGCGCGGGGCGCUCCAGCAGCGCACACGGGUCUACCUCUGCUGAGCGCAGAGCCCCAGCCCUCGGUGGCCGUGUGGCAGGCAGCAACCUGGCCAAGCUGCCCCGGAUCAUCUGCCAGGGAGGGUUCAACGGGGUGCCUGUGAAACCAACGGAGGAAGUUUCUACCCCACAGCUCGUUGGUUUUUUUUUUGUUCCCGUAACGCUGCUUGUCACCGUCAUUGUGCUGAUGCAGCUGUUGGUAAGACUGCGCGCUGAACCCAGUGGCCAAAGCAACAAGGUGUACGUUCACCCCGAGUCGCCCAACACCGGCGCACACUGGAUGAGGCAGGAGAUUUCUUUCGGGAAACUGAAGCUAACGAACAAUAAAGGUGCCAACAAUAACAACGCGCAGAUGAUAGUACUGCAGUCUCUACACAAGUACCAGCCCCGGCUUCACAUCGUGGAAGUGACUGAAGAUGGUGUUGAAGAUCUGAAUGAUUCCUCAAAGACUCAGACAUUUAUUUUCCCUGAAACGCAGUUCAUAGCAGUUACAGCAUAUCAAAACACUGAUAUUACCCAGCUCAAAAUUGAUCAUAAUCCUUUUGCGAAAGGCUUCAGAGACAACUAUGACUCCAUGUACACAGCUUCAGAAAAUGACAGAUUAACUCCAUCUCCCACGGAUUCUCCUAGAUCCCACCAGAUCGUCCCUGGUGCCCGAUACAGUGUGCAACCAUUCUUCCAAGAACAGUUUGUCAACAACCUGCCCCCAGCCAGGUUUUACAACAGUGAGAGAACAGUCCCUCAGACAAACGGCUUGCUUUCGCCGCAGCAGAACGAAGAGGUGGCCAGCCCUCCUCAGCGGUGGUUUGUUACGCCUGUACAGCAGCCCAGUGCCAACAAACUGGACAUGAACUCCUAUGAGACAGAGUAUUCUCCUAGCACCUUGCUCCCGUAUGGCAUUAAAUCCCUCCCCCUUCAGACAUCCCAUGCUCUGGGGUACUAUCCCGAUCCGACAUUUCCAUCCAUGGCAGGCUGGGGGAGCAGGGGCUCUUACCAGAGGAAAAUGACAACAGGAUUACCUUGGACAUCCAGAACAAGUCCUCCAGGUUUCUCUGAAGACCAGCUUUCCAAGGAGAAGGUGAAAGAAGAAAUCGGCUCAUCCUGGAUAGAGACUCCACCCUCCAUAAAGUCUCUAGAUUCAAAUGAUUCUGGGGUCUACACGGGUGCUUGUAAGAGAAGACGGCUCUCCCCUAGCACUUCCAGCAAUGAAAAUUCCCCGACUAUGAAAUGUGAGGACAUUAAUGCUGAGGACUACAGCAAAGACACUUCAAAAGGCAUGGGCUACUACGCAUUCUAUACUAGUUCUUAA